CCGCAGGCGUAGGCGCAUGUGCAGGCGCAGGCGCAGAUGAAGCCGCGCCUUUCGCUCCAGUCUCGCGGCGCACGUGAUCUCGCUUCUCCGCGCCCUCUGCCGACCGCGUGCUCUGUGGGAUCUCCUGGCUUGGCUGCCCGGGGCUGGCGCAGCUGUGCGGCGUGACUUCACCGAGGCGAAGAGGGCGAGAGGGCGCGGAGGUUUGGAGCGCGGCCGUGGGGGCGAGCGGGCGGGUGGCUGAGGGGCAGGCGCCGCUUGUGUGAGGAGCAGUUGCUGGUGUGGGUACCCAAGGUGGAGGCAGACACGCAGGGCACCCAGAGGGCUUUCCCGGGAGGCGCGAGUCCCUCCCCCGUGCCUCGCCCUGAGGCGACGCGCGGGCUGCGGGAGAGGGCGCCGCGUGUCCGCCCGCGCCACGACGCCCUCCCGAGACCCGCCACGUGGAGAGAGUGCGGGAAAGGCUCCCUUUCCCUUUCUAGACGUGGACUCCAAGAUGAAUGACAAGCUAUUUGCCGGACUGGACAGGCUUUUGCUGGAGUUCGUUUUCCAGUAUCACCAAGACAUAAGUACUAAAGAAGACAUGACGCAAAGAAUUAAGAAAUGCUUCGAAGAUAUUAAAGAAAACAGAGAAGCAAUUUGUAGGAUACAUGAAAGAAUAAAUAAAACAGAUGAGGAAAUUACUUACUAUCGUAAACAUAGUGAGGAGAUCAAAGACAGCUGUAGUAAAUGGAAGCCAACAUGUGAUGUUUUUCAUAAACAUGAAGAUUACAUGCAGGGUGAAUUUACUAUGUACCGAGAAACUUUUGAAAAAGACAAAAAAAUGUAUCAUGGUUAUAUAAGCCAAUAUAAAGAUGUUUUAAAGCAAUACCAACUAAAAUACUCUGAAGCACCCCUUUCACGUGAUUAUUAUGAGAAGAAAAGACAAUAUGAAGAAAUUAAAAACCGAGUGUUGGCAUGUACUGAGCAACUAAAAACAAAUGAAAUGAUCCUUAAGGAAUUUUUAGUGCCUGCACCCUUUCCAUCACUUUCUAAGUGGACAUUACAUAUAGUUAAUUUGAGAUUUAAAACAGAAGAUAUUCUUAAACAUGCCAACAAUUUUACCAAAAAUUCAUCUGAAUUGGAAAAAGAAAUAAAUGAAGCAGAAAUGGAAAUUAAUUCUUUAAACAAGGAGAUUGAAAGACUUUAUCAGAGUAAAAAUCUUUCAGAAACUCUGGAAGAAAGCAGCAGAAAUACAGAAAAGAAAGAGAAAUUGAAAGAAAGAGUUUGUGAAAAAAAUGAGCAUAUAUUCAGUAAAACUCCUCAAGGAAGUCAAUUAUAUCUGUCCUAUGACUCUCAGAAAUCAGUAAGACAAAUAAAGAUGCAGUCUUCAGAACCAGAAGUUACAGAUAAAAAAGAAGAAAUUUCUGUGAAGCAGUCACAGCUUGCCAACACUGACUUCAGACAAAAAGAACAUAAUACACAGGUAUUUAAUGACUCUGAUGUGAAUAACAAUUCACAUGUUACAACUUUUAAAAGUGGAAAUGAUUUCAUGCAAUUAAGAUUAACUCUACAGAAACAGUCAAAUUACAAUCAGUGGUUUGAAAAAGGACAUACAGAUGCUAAAUGUGAAGAUAAAUGGACACAAAGACAAAUAAGAGAAUCAAAAUGUGCUUCACAAGAUAUAUAUACAGAACCUUUUGGAAAGUCAAUAGAAAAUAAUAGUGACAAAGUAGAAGAAAUGGCUGAGAAUUUUCCAAAAACUCCUGAAAUGCCUUUAUUUUUAAGAACUUCUGAAGCUGUAAAGACACCUGAAUCUUUGGAAAAAAUGCAUCUCCCUAAAACUCCCUUAUUUGAAAUAAAUAGAAAUACAGUGCCUGGAAGUCAGUCACAAACGGAAUCUCCUGGAUUUUCAUUUCAUGCAAGUUACAGUUCUAGAUCUCCUGGGUUGAAUUUAUUUGAUUCUUCUAUAUUUGAUUCGGAAAUGUCGUCAGAUGAGCUUGGUGAACAUCGUCAUUCUGCAGUAAAUCUCAAUCCUCCGUUAUCACAAGAAAUCGGAAACUUAUUUGGGAAACAAGGAGAAGAUGUGUUUAAGUUUUCUUUUUCAUCUGAUACUUCAACUCGUACAUUUGGAGCUGGAAAGGAUGAUUUUAUUUUUCCAUUUUCUUUUGAACAGGAUCAGAACUCUAUGCCUUCCUCUUCAGAAGGUUUUUCAUCUACUUCACAAAAUACAACACAGUUUAGUCUUUUUUGAACCAUUUUUGAAUAUUUGAAUCUUUGUAGUCAUCUAGGGAAUAAAUUUACUUUAUUACUAAAAACAUGACACUUUUGUUGAUUAAUGAUGGAGUACUAUAGUUACAUUAUUUGAUUAUAAAUAUUUAAAUGUUGAGUGUUUUAUUUGUGGAAUUUGCUAAUUCAUUUUUAUUUUAAUUUUGCAAGCUACAUUGAGACAAAACUUUUGUUAAUCUGAAUAUGAUUUUUUGUUUUGGUACCUGGGAUUGAUCUCACAACCUCAUGCUUGCCAGACAGACGCUUAUGCCAUUGAGCUAAAUCCCCGGCCCAAUCUGAAUAUGAUUUGAUGCAUUUUCAAUUAACCUUUAUUAGAAAUAUUUAGUCUGCUUGUUCCUGAGUUUUGUUUGGUAGUAUUUUAGUUAUUUUGAUGAGAACAAGAAUUCCUUCAGACCAUCAGAACUUUUAGUGAUGACUGUGCAGAUUAAUGCUAAGGGUACUUUAGCAACUAAAUUCUUGAAAAAUUACUGGAUUUCACUCUUGUAGGAUAUAGAAUGGUAUUUUAAUAAUAAUUCCAUAAAUUUAUGUUAUGAUAGUAAAGUCUGUUAUUUCCUUCUAAACAUGAUAAAUUAUAAAUUUUUUAAAAAUCAGUUAAAUUACUAUCUUUCAUGAAAUAAAAUUAAACAUGAAAGACUAAUAUCCUAAGAUUGGGUUGUUGUAUUAGUGAUGGGUCCUCUUUUUUGCUUAAAUCAUUUUUGAAGAACAUUUAACUUUUUGUUUCCUGUCUGUAACAAAAAACAAUUUUAUAUUUCUAUUUUA